GGGCCGCGCUCUCUUCCCCCCCUCCCCACCCCCCGGCGAGCAAGCUCCCUUCUCUCGCUUUUUUCUUCUUCCCCAAGUUGCAAAAUCAGAAAUGGCACAGGCGGCAGCCGGGAGCGGCGCGGGGCGCAGCGCCGGGGGCGGCGGGCAUGGGCCACGGCGCGCGCACACACUCGCCCUCCGCCUUGCCCGCACCCCCGCGCACACACACACACGCACACACACACACGCACACGCACACACACUCGCGCACACACUCGCUCACCCGCGCCGGGCGCCCGCCCGCCGGCUGGCCGCUCGGGCUAGGCGCAGCUCGCGGGCUGAACCGACAUAGAGGAACGCGGCGAGGGCGGAGGCGGCGGCGGCAGAGGAGGUGGAGGAGAAGGAGGAGGUCGCGGCUGCCGGCGCCGCUGGAGCCGCCGCCUCAGCUGCUGCAGCGAGCGCCGCUGGAGGAGCGGGGCCGGGGCCGGAGUCCGGGCUGGAGUCGGAGCCGCAGCUCGAGCGCGAGCCGAGGCCGGGGCCGCCCGCGCCGCCGCCGCUGUCCCGGCGGGAGCCCUCGCCGGGGCUCGGGAGUGUAGGGAGCGGGGUGAGCCGAGCAGGACCCUGGGCGAGGCUGCUGGCGGCGAUCAGGGCGCGCGGGUGUCGGGGGGCCAGGUCCAGGGCCGGACGCAGCCAGCCAUUCAGGAAGGCAGUGCUGGAGAGCGGGAGGCAGCCGGCGAGGAAGAUCACACACUUUGCUCUUUUUGUUGUGCCGGUGGCGCCGGGCUCUCGCUGCCUUCUUCUUUCGGGAGGUGACGGAAGGGGGAGAAAAAUACGGGAUAAUUCACGCCGGCGACGAAUUCACAGCGAAACAGAAAAAAAAAAAAAUCAGAAGAAAAUAAUUGAAAAAAAAGGAAAAAGAAAAAGCGAGGGAGACAUCCAAAGUAGGUCGAAUAAAUAAUCCUCUUCCUCUUUCUUGCUCCUUCUUCUGCUUCUUCUGCUAUAACACACAGAGCUAGUUAAAAAACCCUGGAGAUCGCCCAAAAAUGUUCUUUUUUUAGUAUUUUAAAUAAGUGCUCUUCAGCCGGGAACCAACACCCUCCCUCCAAAAAAAUCAUAUAUGUAUAAAAUAACGAUAAGAAGAAUACGAAGGGGGUGCCUCCUCCUCCUCGGUUUUUUUUUUUUUUUUAAAGUUUAGCCCUCUCUCUUUGCAGGAAUGGAGUAAAGGAGACAAGAAGGAGGGAGAGAAAGGAAAGAAG